AUGAACACUUCAACAGACUGAAAGAUCACUCCUUUGUUGGCUUGAUUCGUCCAGUUUAUCUUAAAAUCUUUCUCAAAAUUUUAAUCUUUGCAACCCCUUUCGCUCUGAUUUUCUCAUGAGCAUAUAUAUAUAUUUUUUUUGGUUGAACAAGAGCACCCUUUUUAGCUCGCUGUGUGUUUGCUUGAUUGCUUUCGUAGAAAUGGGUUUGAUCUCUUGGUGAAUUUUCUAGCUUAUGUUUUCCGUUUCUGUGCUCUGUUUACGUUGACCCUGGUCACCUCGAAGCUGUUUGAUGAAAUGCCUAGGGAAAGUUGUCUGUUUUGAUACGUAUAUGAUCCGUGUGCUCUACUUUUAGAUUUUGAGUAGUUAUUAAAACCAUUCUUUGCGGAAUGUAUUAUGUUUGGCAUGGAAGUGUGUUAGGUAGGAGGUUACUGUCCUCUUGCGCUGUCUGUUUUGCAGUAAUUGUUCUCAUGUUUGGAGCAAACAUUCAUUUUUUGUAUGAAACACUGGAUGUUAGAUAAUUUGAUUUCGAUUAUUUGGGAUAGGCCCGUAUUAAAGCCUCUUGCUUGUGCUCCACAGGCAUCACCCCCAUCCCCUAAAUGCAUAGCAUAUGAAUAAUCAUGUUGGAAAAACCAUUGAAUUUUAUGUACUUAUCUCAAUUUUUAAGGUGUACAAGAGAUUGCCAUGCAGGUAUUGUGACGUGGAUUCCAGUAUAUCUAGUCAAAUGGGGGAACCAUCAAUUUUUGAUAGGAUGAUGAGUCAUCUCCGAGCAACCAGCAAGUACUAUACGGGUUACCCAAAGGAUCUUGGGCCAUCACGUUUAGUCCACUUCACAUCAGAGCGCGAGUUUGUGCAACUCCUUCAUGAAGGCUAUCCUGUAGUCGUUGCAUUUACUAUUAGGGGUAACUUAACAAAGCAUCUGGACAAAGUAUUGGAGGAAGCUGCUGUUGCAUUUUAUCCCAAUGUCAAAUUUAUGCGCGUUGAGUGUCCAAAAUACCCAGGGUUCUGUAUGACACGACAGAAGAAUGAAUAUCCAUUUAUUGAGAUCUUUCAUAGUCCAGAACAGGCAGCUAAUCAAGGAAGAGCUGAUCCUAGUGUCAUGAAGUAUUCUGUGAAGGUUCUACCAUUCAAUUAUGACCAGAGUUUGUACGGAUUCAGAGAAUUCUUCAAGCGCCACGGAAUCAAGUCUUCAGGUCCAAACUGAACAUACUGGAGAAUGAAGAGGAACUGAGCAGAGCAGAUUCGGCAUCAAGUAGUGGCAGAUUCACUACAGCGUUGUCCUACAGUUGAUUAGUUUGAGAAUUUUGUUCCUUCUUGAGGAUUUGUUGUACAGCAACAAGUGGUCAAUGUGCUGUGUAAUAAUUCUCCUGUAAAUUUGAAAGUUUAGCUUAAGAAUAUUAUACUAUUAGAAUGUCCAAGCACCCAUUGGAACUGGCCUCAGGACUAAAGGCUUGGGGAUUAGCGGCUUAUUACUGUUGUCUUGUAAGUGCUCGAGUUAUCUAUCGUCGAUCGCUGUUUGAGCAUAGUGAUUUCGGGUGCAAAUCUUACCUCGCCAAAAUCGGAUUAAAUGCACUGGGUUCUGUAACUCACCAAGAAUAAACUCUAUUUUGUUUUGAGUUCCUU